UAUAACAACCUUGCCACACAGAGUGAACGUAGAGAAACUAUUAGAUUCAGAAUGUGCGUUAAAUUCUUUGGUAAUGUGCAUUUGUGAAUAAGUGAAAGUGACUGACACGACUUAUGAGACUGCGGCAAAACAUUUAGUUCCAAACGCUAUUUUGUGAAGUGAGGUACAGUCGAAUUAGCAUGUGCUUUCAGACGAACUAUUGCAGUAUGAGGUGUGAUAGUUGCCAGUCACCUGUGAAAAAGUGUAGUCCAUAGCUUCAGAGUUCUGCUCAGCCAUUGUUACGUUAUUCCAACAGAACAGCUUCCUGACAAUCAGUUACGUGGAGAUGCGGCCACGACAGAUGUUUCCCUGAGGCGUUCCGCUGCCGCUUGCAGAGAUGAGCGAAGUGAAGGUGGUUAUCACGUUACUGGGAGUAGUGGCCAUCGUGUUGCUGGUUCUGCUGGUGCUCUGCCACUUCAUGGGCAUGUGGACGUGGACUGUGGCCUGGAUAUUCUCCAGCCGUGAGGAAAAGGUCGGCCUCACUCGCGCCAUGGGUCACUACAAUGCCAACGGAUACCUGGUGCAUUCGGACUCCGAUAUUCAUCUCGAUGUUACGGGGAGCUUCAAACGUUUCGACCCUGUAGACCGUGAUUUCCGAGUCGCAAUCACCACAAGUAGUCUGAUGGGUAGUUACCGAGGGUCUCCGUCUCCGACUACUUCAAUACCCCCUCAACCGCUUCGGCCUGCCCCAGCACCGCCACUCGUUGACGAGCCACCGAAACCUGCGGGCAGUCCGCCUGCAGAUGGGACAACAGCUACCACUGCCAUCGUGUCUGCAGAGGAUCCGGAGUCAGGGGACCAGCUGCCACCUGCGCUGCAGAGGGCCGUGUCCUGUGACUCCGUGUGCUCCGAUACGUCUAUAGUACUGGGGGACCUACAGGAACCCAACGUGACAGGGUACCUCUGCGUGGGGCUCGAGUACGAUAGGCCUGCAUGUUUCAGCGACUCUGCUGACCUUGUGGUCAGCGUGCUGGAGGCCAAGGACCUGGUGGGACCCGACAGCAACGCCAUUAUUGAUACGUACGUCAGGGUGUACCUGUUGCCGGACAAGACGACCAACAUGCAGACCAGGGUAUACAGAAAAACAAAUUGUCCUAGUUACAAAGAGAAGUUCCUCUUCGGACUGGAGGCUAGUGAGUUCUCAAAACGCUCUCUCACGUUCUACGUGUACGCAAGCGACAAGUAUUCGAACACUCUGAUUGGUGAAGCAGAGCUCAAGCUUUGUGACGUCACACCACGACAGCCCGUGACCACGUGGCUUACUCUGACGGACACGGGUCAGAGAGGCACGCAAUUCGGGGAACUCAUGUUUUCACUCAGCUACCUGCCCACGGCCGAGCGACUCACGGUGGUUAUAGUGAAAGCCAGAAACCUUAAGUUUCCACGAGACAGAGAGGCGGGGGAUCCCUUUAUCAAGGUGUACCUGCUGCAACACGGGAAGAAGGUUCACAAGAAGAGGACUUCUACGAAGAAGGGAGAGCGGAGCCCAAUCUUCAAUGAAGCCAUGAUCUUCAGUGUGCCGGCGCACACAUUACAGACAAUCCAGCUGAGGAUGACAGUGGCCGAGAACACGGGGGAGCCCAGAGCUUACUCUAUAGGCCAUGUCAUAGUCGGCUCUCAGGCAUCAGGGAAGGCUCUGUCACACUGGAACCAAAUGCUCUCUUCACUGAGGAAGCCUAUAGCGAUGUGGCACCCGUUACGCAAGUGAAGGACUUUCUGACAUUACCUAAAUGGAUGAAUAACGUCUGACAAUAUUGUAAGCAAAGGAGCAGUGACAUCUCAGCCAGUAAAGUAGCGGGUUAAGGACAGGACAGUCAGCGUUCGACUCCCAGCAGAGGAGUUACUUCUUUUCUUUUUGGCCACCACGUCCAGAACGGUUCUGGAACCCUCCAACGUUCCUCCCGAUGAAUGCGAGGAACCAUUUUCCCGAGAGUAAAUACAGCCGGAGAUCCAAGCUGACUACUCACCUUCUUCUAAGGCCGAUGUUAAGAAUCCAAGGAGCUAUGCAUCGAAGUCAUGGCACUGAGGUACUACGGUAACUUUAUUUUGUCUGUUGAGCUAAUUCUGUUAAAUUAUACAAAGCUGAAGUUGCAUGUCAGCGUGUUACCGUCGUUAGGCCUACUAUAUUCUCGUAUGCAUCCUGUGCCGGCGAUAAAUGUCAAGUUAGAUCACGAAUUGUAUGACUACACGCCAAUCUCCGUGGCCUGACGAAACAAGAAUUGUGAUUUUAAACUUGACUUCGUGUGAAUGAAAUGUAAGCAUAAAGACUCCGUUUAUCUCCCUUUCUUCCGUUUCAAUUUGAGAAACCAAAUGUGCAAAAAUUCUAAUAUUAUUGGAGUCAACUCUUAAUAGAAACACGUCAAAGCCGUCUUUAGGAGCGUUUGCAUCCCUCAUCUGUAUUCAUGAGACAACUUGAGAAACACGUACUUAAGGGAUUUUCAUAAAAGAAAUGCCGCAUUGUGGAAUUCAAAGUACAAUUUUUGUUAAAAUGGGGCAACGAUAACGAACACCUUGCAUGAAGUCCUACAUGCGUUUCUUGCGGUCAUCUCGAGCGUACGUCGUUAAACCUCGGACAGAAAACUGUUGCAGAUAUAUUUUAUAUCCAAUACACGAUUUUCCGCUGGUUUUACACAAUUAAACAGACUGAGCUCAUCUUAAGGUCAAUUGUUAAUUUGAAGAGUAUUAUCUUCUGUGAUGUGAAACAGUGUAGUCUGGUAGGUUACCAGACUACACGGUGUCACAUUCUCUUCAUAUUCAUCGCCGUGAGAACCUAAAAUCUCACAUUUAUUAACCUGCUUUCUCUCACAACAGAAAACUUGCCAGUGAUAUGGAGAUGCAAACAAAUACAACAUAGACAUCCAAUACAUAAAAAAGCUCAGUGUCCACGAAGCAGAUGUUAAGUGUGCGAAGUAUAGGCCUUAUUUUGUUAAGAGUUCCCAUGUGAAUUCUGUUCUGUUUAUAGAGGUUUACUGAACAUGUAUUACGGACGUAAAUGUGUUGACAGAGCUUGACAAAGGAAUUGUUUGUUUCUAAUUUCUUUAAACGUUUUAGUCCUUACUAAUCAGAAUAGGUUAUAUAGCGGGAAACAUUGGAUUUUAUAUUUUGAAGGUUAUGUAAAGAUAUUUAUACUUCAUCUCCAGGUUGCACAGAAGUCUUAAGGCCAAUUUGAGCUCUCAAAUUGCGAAUGCAGAGCUAUAUACGUACGUACGUGCAGGUGUGCUGAUAACGUACGUAAUCAUGAAUAUAAGUUAUCCUUCAUUUUUCGUCGGUUUUACACCGAAUCUGAAUAACAGUGAAAAAGGUGGCAGUAAAUGUUAUAUGUCUUAAUAAUAUUUAUAUUUUGCAAUGUAGGCCUACAAUAUUCUUUAUGAUAGCCGUUUUUGAGAACUUUCGUAAAAUUUGAUUUCAAAGCCGCCACGGAGGGGGUAUAAGUUCAACCAAUAGACCUAUGGAUCAAAAUGAAAUUCCCCCACCAAAUUUUUGUAGAGACGACCAUUUCCAAAUUUUCCUGUAAAAUCAUUGAGAAAUUUUGAACAAACAACAAACGGGCCGAAACGAGUUCCUUAUGUUUUAUGCGAUUAUUUUAUGCACACUGUCCAAGAAAUGUAUUAAACCUGCCCAUAGCUCUUCAUUUAUUUUCUUUUGCCCAUUAUUCAUUUCUUUCCUUUUGAGUAUAAAUUUAUUUAGAAUUUUAAUUAUCAAACUGGGGUACGUGGCAGCGAAAUUGGUUGAGGCACUAUGCUACAAGUCGGAAGGUCGCGGGUUCGAGUCCCAAGGUUGAUUU